UGUUGUGGUUGUUGUUGGUAUAAUUUGUCAUAUAGUGCUCUGCUCACCCAUACAGGGGCAAAAAGAAAAGUCCAUGAAACUGUAACUGUAGAACAUCCAGUUAGGGUAUCGGUGUCGCUAUCGGUGUUAGUACCCAUCACAAACCACAAUUACCAUCGUCACCGCUCAGUGGUUAAUGAGAUCCUCCUCGCGAUCCGUGGUUUUUGACACACACAUCAGAGGAAUAAUAAUCGGAAUAGGUGUCAAAGAAACGUAAUGUGUCGACGCGCGUCUUGAGAAAUCAAUUUCCAGAUUGAAAACUGAAAAAAAUUAAUGUUAAAAAAAAACAAAUUUAUGUCGUGCAGGGAUUUUUAAGAAAAAUCCAUAAAAAUUUAAAAAAAAACAUACUUUUUUGGAAAUUUUAUCUAGAAUUGCACCAGUGCCCGCCCGCCCCUCUAAGUGAAUUUUUAUGCAAAUACUGAAAUCUAUGGUUUGUGAUAGCAGCAGUAUUUUAAGUUCAGCCACAAUGCAACUUAAGAUGGAACCACAAACGCAACAGCAACAAUUGCAGCAACACAAUCAACAGCAGCAGCAACAACAACAACAACAACAUCAGCAACAUCACCAACAGCAGCAGCAGCAACAACAUCAUUUACAGGCCUUGGAAAAACCGCAACAACAAUUGUUGACGAAAAUCAAAACUGAAAUCAAUGGACAAGAGCUUUUGAAUCACAGCAAUACAACAACAACAGCAGCAGUGGUACCGGGCCAAAAUCUGGAGAAACAAAAUCAAGUGGAUGCCCAACAACAACAGCAACAACAGUCUCAACAGCAGCAAAUCCAGCCUCACCAAUUGACCACCAACAAUCCCAGUCAACAUCAACAGCAGCAGCAGCAACAACAACAUCAACCCUCACCCCAACAGCAGCAGCAACAACAACCAAAUACUACAACAAUUAUUCAUACCCAGCAGACUCAACCGAUCAAUGCCGUUAUACAGGCUUCGCAAAAUAAUCAACCCCAACAACAGCAGCAGCCCCAGCCAGGAGGACAUCCUGGCCCAGAGACUUUCGUAACCAUCCAAAGGCCAGCUCAUCGAAGAAUCCUGACCACAAGUGGAGAACUAGUCAAUGAACACCGUGACGGCGAACAACCGGAAACUGUUCAAGAAUAUCAACAACGCCUGCCCUCGCCCAGCGAUUAUGUACAGAUGGCUCCACGUAACGACGAACAUCACCAACAUCCAGCCAAUGCCACCAUUUACACGUACACCACAACAGAGAAUGGCCAACAGGCUAUCUGUGCUACCACCUCUCCAACCGGCAUAAAAUUGGAAUCGAUUGACAAAGAUACGGUCAAUUCCGAUCCGGCUGGACAGCAACAGCAGCAGCAACAACAGCAUUUACAUCAUCAACAAUGUCCCACUCCAAAUGGCAGCUAUACCGAAUCGACAUUGGUAAUUCCAUCGUCGGCAUUGCAUCAUCAAAAUCCUCACAAUUUGUCGAGUAGCGGCCCGCACUCUCUACCCCAUCCGGCCCAUUUGGGUUCGACGUUACGUUUUGAAGAUGAUAAUCGCUAUGCGAAUGCCCUGGGCGAUAAUGGCAGUGGACCACCACCGCUGUACUAUGAUGCCAGUGUGGCCGAUGCAGCCGGUGGUGGUGGGCAUGUCAGUGAGAGCAAGACUUUCACCGAUUUGGGAAGUUCGCCUUAUAUCAACUUUGCCACAUCAUCAUCGUCCUAUCAGUUGCCGCAGAACAACACCGUCUAUAGCGUAACAACGGCGGCGCCCAAUCAACUGAUCUCGAAUAAGGAUCCAAAUUUUAGUUUGAUGCGUCCAUAUCAACCAAUGAAUAUCUAUGAGACGGUCAAUCCAUCGGUGCCCGAACAGGCGCUGUGGUCAACAUCGGCGGUGGAAUAUCAGAAUAUGAGCUUUAAUUAUCAUCAACAGGUGGUUGAGGAUUAUUCCGGUGGUAAUUUACCCCCAACUUCGUGGUCCACCGCCUCGCCCAUUGGAAGCUAUGAUCCAACGCUACCCCAAACGCCACUCACCGAAGCCAAAUGUGAGCAGUGCCAUUCGCCAAUAGCACGCGAGGGUAACAAGUUUUUUUGUCCCUCGUGUUGUGCACCAACCUAUCGGCCCGUGCGUAUGGGUCCACGCCAAGCCAAACCGAAAGCGGCCGCCACCAAUAAUGCCAAUAAUCGUCGGACCGGUGUCACCUGUGCCAACUGCUCCACAAAUUCCACAACACUGUGGCGGCGCAAUAACGAAGGCAAUCCGGUUUGUAACGCCUGUGGCCUGUACUAUAAGCUGCACAGCAUGAACCGUCCGUUGUCGAUGAAAAAGGAGGGCAUCCAAAAGCGCAAACGUAAGCCCAAGAAUAAUGGUGUUGGUCCGAUGCGUACCCAGUUGCCAAGUCUUCCCCCGGGCAGCGGUACCCUAAUGAUUACCAACGGUGCCUUGUAUCCCUCGCAGGUGCCCACCUUGGGUUUGCCCCUAAAUCCUCAAACGACAAAUCAUGGCGAAUUACAAGAUAUGACCACCAAUGGGACACGCACCGUCACCAUUACCAAUCCCGAUAUGAGUUUGAAUAUGUCCCGCACUCAUGUCACCUCGGACAGCAACAAUCAUUCGCCCUACAACAAUUCACCGUCCCAAAGUCAGUCGCCACAUUUGCCAAGUGCCCAGAAUUUUAAAGUACCAGCCAUUGAGGUGCCUCGUUCCACCCCGACCAGUGAAAUACCCACCAGUGUGAUAACACGCACCGGCCUACCAGAAAGAUCAACGAAUAAUUAGCGAAAUAAAUUUAGAAUUUAUUAGCAUUCUUUCAAAUCUACAAAAGAGAGAGAGAGAGAAGAGAGUUUCGACCAAAGUUAUUUUUUUAGAAGAAAAUUUAGACAUUUUUUUUGUAUAAAUCAAAGCGAAAAGACAGCUAAUCCAAAGUUAUUCCAAAAAAAUCAUCUUGCCAACAUUGGACUUUAUAAUUAAUUUGUAAAAUUAAAUUCAGUUGAACCUUAGGCACAUAUAUUUAAAAAAAAUAU